GCAGCACUCACACAAAUGAAAAACGGGGGACUGAGCGAAGACCACUCUGCAACCCGCAAGCCCCUUGUUUUUCUUCUUUGCGCUGUUUGUUUGCACUCCUACGACUUGGAUCACCCCGUUAAAGCUUGCGCACGGCCAAAGGAACAACGGAGGACGGGGUUUUCGGACUUAGGGAAGGGGAGAUGUGAAUUGAACACUGUUUUGGCGGAGCGCACGAACGCAGCGAUGGAAUGAGCUGAUCGAAAACUCUGACGAAGUUGUUGGGACUUUUGAGCUUUAGCGCUGCGCGUGCUCCACUUUCACUCGGUCAUGUAUGGAUAACGGAAGGCUCGCAGUGAUUUUUGGGUCGAAUGGAGAAGGUUUGACUUGGGUGUCCCAUUCUCAGCAACAUCGGGCCCCAGAGCGGACCGCUCUUAGUGAACAAGCCGACCGCUUAUGACACUGUUGUGAGUGCGUAAUGGCAGUGUGUUUGCUGCGGACGCACGGCUCCCUAUGGCCACUAGGCUAUUUACUGUUCUUAUUUUCCUGUUUAUUUCUGUUCACGCCGUGUUGUGGCCGCAGACUCAUCUGCUGGCAGGCCAUUAUGAACUGCCAAGCUGAGCCCGAGUGUAACUACGCCUACGAGCACUACACGCGCGCGUGUGGCCCGGUGCUGAACGGGGAGAGGAGAAAGUGCCCGAGUCAUUGCAUCUCGUCUUUGGUACAACUUAACCUGACUAAGAACGGACCCGCAUUGGAGGACUGCAGCUGCGCGCGGGACGCUACGUGUGUGAACACGAAGCGGGCUAUCGAGCCUUGUCUGCCCAAGACCACAAGCACGGGCUGCACGGAAGCGCGGCGCCAGUGCGAGAGGGACCAGCAGUGCAGCUCCACCAUGCACGACUACCUAAGACACUGUAGUAAGCUGUUUAGCGGCGCUGUGUGCUCGAACGCCUGUCGCAACGUAAUUGCCAACAUGCGUAAGAUACCCAAGGGCCAGCAACUGGACACUUGCAUGUGUGAUGGCACGGAGCGGGCCAUAUGUGAGUUUGUUAAAGCCAGUAUGAAAACUCUGUGCUUUGACUCUCCGCCUGAGCGCGAGGAGAGCAGCGGGUGGAUCCACAGGAUGGAUCCAGAUAGUGAGGACGGCGACGAUGAGCCCGAGGUGGACUAUUAUCAAAACCCGGACAGCGGAUCAGCUCCCACAGUUCAGCGCUGCGCCCUCACUCUGUUGGCAUCCAUUUUAGUUCUGUUGGCCCUCGUCUAAUCCCUGGGGUCAUGACGUGCCCCCGCUAUUGUCCGGAUAAAGGGCCGUCUCCACUCGGGCCGCUCCAUGACCUGUGGUUGGAGGAGUUAAAAGGCCCCUGGACUGAAGGAAUCGCCUUGUUUGGACUACAGAGUGAAGGAUAUCACAUGAGGAGAUUUUCUAUGCAAAUGACACCACAAGGCUGUGUAGGCCUCUUAUCGAGCCCACUUCACUGCUUCACUUUGCUUAUGUGAUAAGCUUUUAUUGUCUCACAGAGUCGGACUGAUAGCAUUGUCCACACACAGCUGUCUGUGCCAAUGUCAGUGGAUGUGUCCAUGCUGAGCACUGCCAAGCCUCCUAAAGACACUUAUAUCAUAGACUGAUGCCUACCUGAUCAAUAAGUAUUUAAUGCUGGAACAGAUGAACUUGUAAAUACACUAGAGUUUAAGGAGAAACAGUAAUUUAUUACCGUAACAUCCAAAUGUGCAGCAUGUAAAUAGAAAAGAGAAUUCCAGCUUUAAAGGGAACUUAUUUUGUAUAUUCUCUUCAAGGAUUAUGUACAUUGUAUAUAUGUGUAUAGAGGCUAUAGAUUUGUCCAGAGAAUCUAUGUUUAGGCUAUGAGAUGAUUUAUUAAAAAUAGCCUAUAGUGAAAGAAAUGUCUAAAUCCACUGUACGCACGCCUUAAUGAUAUACUUUUUAUAGAAGGCAUAAUGAAAACUUGAAGAUAUAUUGGGACUGUGAGUUCUGUCCGUCUGUUCUUAGUGACAGAUGUGCCUUGACCCCAACUAAAAGUCACAUAACUUAUGGUGAGUGUCACCAGUCUGUUACACUCGUAUGCUCUCAGAAAACAAAGCUAUGUUUUAUAUAAAAUUAUUUUAAUGACAAAUUUUGAGUGUGGAUGAUAUUUUGACAGAAAAGCAUUGUAUGCUUUUUGUAAUGUGGAUUCCUAGUUACAAUUGUAACAAAUACAUUUUGCCGU